AUGGCAGAGGUGAAGCUUCCGCGGCCGGGCCGAAGCCCCUCCUCGGGCAAAGUCACCGUCACCACCUCUUCAAAGCGCCAAGCAAAAAGCGCCCCAUUCAAAUUUCUCCGCAAAGAUGAGGGACGGCUUUCUUACUCGUGCACACCAGAGUCCCCAGUUUCAGUGUGUGGUAAUGUUUCCCACGGUAACAGUAUGACUAACCGUGAGCUCGCUGCCAUGGAUAGGAACAGUUCCCGCUCACUCCGCGAAGCAAUAGCCAAUGAUAUGCGCAAAGGGAAAGCUAACGAUCCUUUCGGCGGCUUUGAGGUCGCGGUUCCGAAGCGGGGACCACCACCUGGCGCAUCGCCGCGGGAGGAACGUGGGAUGUCUCUUGAAGGGUCGCAGUUGCAUGACAACGUAAGUGUAUCAUCCCCUCCUGCUGCCGUGCAGCACACCUCUUCCCGCCUGGCUGUGGGAGACGCUAACCAUAGCGAAUCCAUCGGGGACAAGUCCGUCAGCACGAAACGACUUGAAUCCCGUACUUCAGACGAGUCGGAAAGAACAGUAGAACCCCAGCCACAACAACACCAGCAGCUACAGUUGCAGCAACACCAACUGCAGCAGCAGCAACAAAUGCAGUUGCAACAACAGCUACAGCAGCAGCAACAGCUACAGCUUCAACAACAACAGCAACAACUGCAACUGCAACAACAGCAGCAGCAGCAAAUACAACUACAACAGCAACAGCACCAGCUACUGCCAAACCACAGUCACCAGAUGCAAUUGCAAACCCAACUCCCACAGCAACACCCUCCACAAGGCUAUCAACAGCAGUUGCUGAAUCACGGCCAGCAGUGGCAGCACUCGCAGGUGCAGGCGCAACCGCAGCCGACGCGACAGCGUGUGAGUCCAAUGAACACCAACACUUUUUCGCGGAACAUCGAGGAGAGUGAGUUGGGCGACUGGUGCCCCUCGCCGGUGCAACAACGUCGGUGGAGGAACGGGGAAUCGGACAACGGACAUACUCGUCGGUCGAUUGCUACCCGCUACGGUGACCCAGGAGAACUAGACGGUGAAUAUGUGAGUGGUGGAAGGAGCCUCCGCAACUAUUUUCGACCUCCGCUUCCAGAAUAUCAUCAGCCACGUGAGGAGGAGGAGUUGGUGGGCCAGCUGGAAGAGGAAUUGCGCGUCACGAAGGAGGAGCGAUCCCGGUAUUAUCAGCUGCGCAUGCAACUGGAGCGUGAGCGGCAGCGUUUCGAGGAAUACCGCUCUGGAGUGGAACAGGACAUGGAGGACGAACGGGUGCGGUUGGAUGCCGCACGGGCUUCGGAGCAGCGCCAGGCAAAAAAGGACGUGAAGGUAGUGGAAGAGCGGUAUAAAUCUACUCUCGAACUUCUCAGGACAGAGCGUGAUUCAAACACAAAGCUGACACAGGAAAACGAGAUGCUGCGCCAGCAACUGGAGGUGACGACAGCACGGUUGCGUGAGUCGCAGAAGCUGCAAAAGGCGGAGACGAACCGGCUGCGACGUGAGAUUGAGUCUCUGACGCGGCGGAACGAAGAGCUGUUGGAAUUGGCAAGAGAACAACAACUCACAGCAUUAGAACGUGGUGAGACGCUGACACCACCACUGCUGUUGCACAGCGGCCCAAAUAUACGACAUAAAGCUUCGGCUAACAGUAGUAGCGCUCCGAGGAGCGGUGAAGAUGUAUACGAAUUGCAUGGUAGUUCACUACCCACUAGAAGCUACUCUUCUGAGCAGAAUCGUUAUCUGGACAUUGUAGAGAGGGAGAGGAGACUAGCGGAGGAAGAGGAGCACGAGCGGAAACGGUUGGAAGCUGAGGAUAGAAGACGUGCCGAGAUGGAAGAAAGGCGAAGGCGCAUUGAAGCCGAGGAAGCGCGGCGUGCUAAAGAGGAGGAGGAAAGGCGAAGGCGCAUUGAGGAGGAGGACCGUCGUCGCGCCCAUGAAGAGGAGGAAAGGCGGAAGCGGGUUGAAGCCGAAGACAGGCGCCGCGCUGAGGAAGCGAAGCGCAAGUCUGCGGAAGCUGAAGAGAGGCGUCGUGCUGAAGAAGAGGAAAAGCGCAAACGUGCGGAAGCGGAGAACAGGAAGCGGGUUGAGGAGGACAAGGUUAGGCGCGCAGAUGCGGAAGUUGCUCCGCGGCGGAAGGUAGAUGCAAAGAAGGUUGUGCGGGAGGAGCGUUCGCAGGCGAUCGACGAGGGCGCAACUAGCAAGAAGCUUGAGGCACGCCAGCAGCGGCGCUCCUCCGGUCAUCCUGUUUUAACUCCUCGCGCGCAGAGCUCCAAAACAGCGAAUUCUGCAGUAGCAACUGCCCGUGCAGCAUCGCAGGCUUGCACCUACGCAACUCGCAAAGGACGCCGCGCACCCACUGCCAGCGAAUUAACCGCGGACAAUGAGCCCGUUCCGGAUGAAGACUUUCCGAACGAUACCGUCGUGUCGCAGACAUCCCUAGGAGAAAAUCCCAAUAAGCGUGAAGUGUUGUACCGUAGCGGGAAGCGAGAGAUACACUACACGAAUGGGACUCGCAAGAUUAUUCUUCCCUCGAGCCACGUGAUGCUCUACUUCGCAAACGGAGACAUCAAACGGACAUUCCCCUCAGGGAAGAGCACAUAUUGGUAUGCUGUGGCGCAGACGACACACACACAGUAUGCAGAUGGAGCUCAGGUGUUUCAGUUCCAUUCUACCGGGCAAGUAGAGCGCCACUUACCGGAUGGAAAAAAAGAAAUUCUUUACCCUGACGGUAUCUACAAGGUUGUGCAUCCAGACGGUAGGGAUGAAACCAUUUUCCCUGACGAAAGUUGA